AUGCAAGACGUCGCGUUCAACUACUAUGGGACACUCAUCGCAAUUGCAAAGUCUGACGGAACAGUUAGCAUUGCGGAUGCAAGCGGAGAGAGUCCUGUCGAGGUCACGUCAUUUGUUGGACACAAAGGAGCUGUGUGGGGUGUGUGUUGGAGUCACCCACGUUUUGGAGUGUUGGCGACAUGUGGGUAUGAUGGGGAGGUGAAAGUGUGGCGCGAGAACGCAUCGCACAAAUAUGAUUGUGUGUACACAUAUCACCACCACAAGAAGUCUGUCAACUGCGUCUCGUUCUUCCCGGGUUCUGAAGUCCUCAAGUUUGUGUGUGGGUCGAGUGAUGGGGAGAUCAGUGUUGUUGAGUAUAUUGAGGCAACAAAAGCAUGGAAAGAAGUCACAUUUGACGCACAUCCUGCUGGCGUGACAUCAGUCUCUUUGUAUGAAGAGAAGGGUGGUGUUGUGAUCUUGUCUGGUGGGUGUGACAGUGUUGUUCGUAUCCAUCGGAAUGUCAGCGGUGUGUGGAAGUGUGUUGAUGAGAUGAAAGAGCACGCCGAUUGGAUACGUGGGGUAGACAGUAAAGUGGUGAGUGGAGUCACUUACAUUGCCUCAUGUUCAAACGACAAGUCUGUUGUCAUUACUCAAAUUGCAAACAGUGUCAAAACAACCAAGAAACUUUCAUUUGAUGCAAUUUGUUGGAAGGUCGCAUUCAGCGUCGACGCAGAACAGCUAGCAGUCUCUCUUGAAACUGGUAUCGUCAAACUUUUUAAAAGACAAGCUGGACAGUGGGUCGAUACUAAGUAA